GUAUAUAACAGCCGGCCCUACUCUUCCCUCUGAAGUUUCUCUCAUUCACCCGUUCAGUGCGCUUCUUCUCCCUCUCCUCUGCUCUCUCAGCACAGACUGAAGAUGAACUGUGGCAUCUGUGUGUGUGUGCUGCUGGCUGCUCUCUCCAGCAGUGGCUGCCUGGGGCUUCCAGCCCACCCCCCACAGGACGAAGGGCACGCCCGCACAGGGGCCGUCUCCCGGGCAGCGGCGGCCGCACUCCACAAGCGGCACACCCGCUCAGCGGCGGUGCCCAGUGGAGCUCUCCUCCCCUUCACCAAAGCAGCCGUCAUGGAGGACGAGGAGGAGCAAGACCCCCGCACCAGCCUCCACCAGCUCAUCGCCACACUCAUCGCUAGGAAAGGUGCUUCCCGCAGGAACUCGGUGCUGACCAGCAGAGCCAGUGGGCCGGCAGCCAGCCACAGGAUAAAGGACCGUGACUACAUGGGCUGGAUGGACUUUGGCCGACGAAGUGCGGAAGAGUAUGAAUACUCCUCAUAAGACCGAGUGGCCCGCCACAUCCCCAUCACCCCGCACCACCUGUACAGGAAGCAGAGAUUCGUCACAUUUGCUGUCUCGGAAAUCAUUGUCUGAAAACUCUAUUUACGAUACAUUCGAUGUAAAUUUGUUUGUAUAAUGAAUAUAAUGCAAUAUAUAAAUAUCAGUACACAUACA